AUGCCUCACUUAGAGGAGAAGAUUCGCAUUGCGAUUGCUGGCGGAGGCAUCGGAGGUCUCUGUCUCGCAGUCGGCCUCAUGGAUAAGCCCAGCUUGGACGUACACAUUUAUGAAGGCGUACCCAAGUAUACCGACAUUGGUGCCGGACUUGCGUUGCACAAGAACGCCAUCACCGCCAUGGACCUGAUCCACCCCGCAAUUAAAAAGACAUACUUCGCCAAGGCUCUCACUAUGGCUGGCGAGGCAGACGAGGAGAUGGUCACUGAAGUUACCCUUGUUAGCGGACCAAACACUGGAGAAGUGGUCGCCGAGCUGGGUAGAGCAAAAGGCCGCAGAACAGUAGCCAGAUCGGACUUGCUCGACGGACUACUGGCCUUGUUGCCUAAGGACCGCGUCUCUUUUGGCAAGAAACUCGACAGUAUUGAGGAAGAUCAUGCCAGUGGCAAAGUGACACUCACAUUCAAGGAUGGUACGACAGCAGAGGCUGAUUGCCUGCUCGGCGCGGAUGGUGUACACAGUGGCACUCGCAAACACAUCCUCGGACCGGAUCACCCAGCCGUACCGCCGAUCAACCCUGAUGGCUGGAGAGUACACUCACGUCAAGUGCCCAUGGAGCUUGCAAUGAAGACGAUCGAUUCCAAGUGGAGGCGAACCGUACCCAUUCUCUGCGGCAAGGAAGGUCACGUCAACAUGAUGCCUCUUCACAUGGGAAAGGUAUUGAGCAUCAUCUGUGUGACACGUACCGGUAUUGCCAGUGAUGGCAGUCUCGCACCUUUCGAAAAGGAGCGUUUUGCAGAUUACCGCGAGGAUGCAAAAGCGGCUGUCGAGCUGGUUGCCGAAGACCCCGCUAUAACCUGGGAGCUCCAACAACACGAACCCGCACCCUACUAUAACCGCUGCAACAUUGCCGUCAUCGGAGAUGCAGCACACGCAUGCAUGCCUUUUGUCGGCCAAGGAGCAGCCCAAGCCAUCGAAGACGCCGCGGUCCUCUCCGCCCUGUUCCAUCGCCUAGAAUCUUCAUCACAAAUCGAGAAGGUACUCAAAGCCUACGAUCAAGUCCGCAGACCUCGCGCACAAGCCGUUGUCACCAUGGGCUGUGACUUCGGCCGCUUAUACGACUUUGCUCUGCCGGGUGUCGAGGAUGAUCCAGUCAAGAUGAAGCAAUUUAUGGGAAAAGCGGCGGCGUUUACCAAUAAUGCCGAUUUGGCAAAGCAGAAUCAGGAUGCUUUAGAUGCGUUCGAGGCUCUGUUGUAG